AUGGCUCACUCAAAGGUUGUCAUCAUCGGCUCCGGCCCCGCUGCUCACACCGCCGCCAUCUACCUCUCCAGAGCCGAGUUGAAGCCGGUCAUGUACGAGGGUAUGCUUGCCGGUGGCACUGCAGCUGGUGGCCAACUCACCACCACCACCGAAGUUGAGAACUUCCCCGGCUUCCCGGCUGGUAUUACCGGCCCGGACUUGAUGGACAACAUGCGCAAGCAAUCCAUCAGAUUCGGAACCGAGAUCAUUACCGAAACCAUCACCCGAGUCGACCUCUCCAGCCGUCCAUUCAAGAUAUGGAAGGAAUAUGCCGAUGGUCCCAAUGAUGAUCCCACUUGCACCGCCGAUGCUAUCAUAAUGGCCACCGGCGCCAACGCCAAGCGACUCAACCUCCCCGGAGAGGAGAAGUACUGGCAGAACGGUGUCAGCGCCUGCGCUGUAUGCGACGGUGCUGUCCCAAUCUUCCGUAACAAGCCACUCUUCGUCAUCGGUGGUGGUGACUCUGCAGCCGAGGAGGCCAUGUUCUUGACCAAGUACGGCAGCAGCGUCACCGUUCUCGUCCGCAAGGAUCACCUCAGAGCCUCCAAGACCAUGGCUACCCGCCUUCUCAACCACGCCAAGCUGGAGGUCAAGUUCAACACUGUUGCCACCGAGAUUACCGGUGAGGAAGCUGACGGUGGCUUGAUGACCCACUUGAAGAUCAAGAACGUUGUUACCGGCGCUGAGGAAGUCGUUCCCGCCAGCGGCCUUUUCUACGCCGUUGGUCACGAGCCCGCCACCAAGAUCGUCAAGGACCAACUCGAAACUGAUUCGGAGGGAUACAUUGCUACCAGACCCGGCACAAGCUUCACCAGCGUACCCGGUGUAUUCGCUGCCGGUGACGUCCAGGACAAGCGAUACCGACAGGCCAUUACCAGUGCGGGAUCUGGCUGUAUUGCCGCUCUUGAAGCUGAGAAGUACAUCUCCGAACUCGAGAGUGAAGGGGAGCCUGCUGCUGCUCACGAGGCCGCUAUUAAAGAAGAUACCAACCCCCAGCUUUAA